AUGGGCCGCGUGAUCAGGGCGCAGCGCAAGGGCGCGGCGGGCGCCGUGUUCAAGUCCCACACGCACCACCGCAAGGGCCCCGCCCGCUUCCGCGCGCUCGACUUCGGCGAGCGCCAGGGCUACCUCCGCGGCGUGGUCACCGACAUCGUGCACGACCCCGGCCGCGGCGCGCCGCUCGCCCGCGUCACCUUCCGCGACCCGGUCCGCUACAAGCACCGCAAGGAGCUCUUCGUCGCCGCCGAGGGCAUGUACACGGGCCAGUCGCUCUACUGCGGCCGCCGCGCCACCGUCGCCAUCGGCAACGUGCUCCCGCUCGGCGUCCUCCCCGAGGGCGCCGUCGUCUGCAACGUCGAGCAGCACGUCGGCGACCGCGGCGCGCUCGCGCGGGCCUCGGGCGACUACGCCAUCGUCAUCAGCCACAACUCCGAGAACGGCACCACCAGGAUCAAGCUGCCGUCGGGGGCGAAGAAGGUGGUGCAGAGCGGGUGCAGGGCGAUGAUCGGGCAGGUGGCCGGCGGCGGGAGGACGGAGAAGCCGCUGCUCAAGGCGGGCAACGCCUACCACAAGUUCAGGGUCAAGAGGAACUGCUGGCCCAAGGUGCGGGGUGUGGCCAUGAACCCUGUCGAGCACCCGCACGGAGGAGGAAACCACCAGCACAUCGGCCACGCCUCCACGGUCCGCAAGGACGCGCCGCCCGGCCAGAAGGUCGGUCUCCGUGGUGCGAGGAGGACCGGAAGGCUCAGGGGACAGGCCGCCGUCAACGCCGCCAAGGCCGUCUAG